AUGACGCGAGCGCGGACGACCGCGCGCGCGCGCCUCUUCCCGUGGAGCACGAGAGGCGACGUCGCGUCGUCGUCGUCGUCGUCGUCGUCGCCGUCCGAGGAGCGCCGCGACGACGACGACGACGAGUGGAGGCACGACCGAGCCGCGCAACGCGCGGCGUCGACGCUCGCGACGCACCUCUCCCUGCGCUCGCCGUCGCACGUCCGCGACGUCCUCGCGGCCAUGGUCCUCAGCGAGUGCGCGUACAAGCGCCCCUCUCUCGAGGUGCGCGGCAAGGCGGCCGAGAUCCAGUCGCAUCUUCCGCGCGGCGUCGCGCGCGUCCGCGCCGUGUCCGCGUCUGUGGACAAGCGCGCGAAGCACCGGUACCUCGUCGCGGACUCCGAACACGCGGUGUACGUCGCGUUCAUGGGCACGGCGGACGCGCGGGACCUCCUCGCGGACGCGGCGUACCUCCAGACGCCGCUGCGACGCGCGCUGGACGGCGGAAAAGUUGGCACCCGCCCUGGAGAUGGAGUUGGCACCCGCGCGCGUGAGACUGGUCCCCAUAGGCACCUCCAGCGCGCGCUCGUGCACCGCGGGUUCGCCGCGCGCGCGAUCGCGACGCGCGACGCGAUGCGCGCGCUGUGGCGCGCCGCGCGGAGGGAGAAGAAGCGGCUGGUGCUCUGCGGGCACAGCCUCGGCGGCGCGGACUUUUGCCGGCGUCUCUCUCCGCCCACCCCACGGUUUCAAUACCCGCCCUCGACGCCUUUCAACUCCGCUUCUGACGCCUUUGAACUCCACCCCGACGUCGCUUUGUAUGGACAAUUACCCUCAGCGAUCGCGCUGCUCGAAGAUCUAAAUCUCGAUGCCGCGCGCGACCCGCGCUUCGCGCCCUCGCCGGGGUCGACGCUGCGGUGCGUCGCGUUCGCGUCGCCGCCGGUCGGAAACGGCGCGUGCGCGGAGUACGUGCGCGCGCGGGGGUGGACGCGCGUCUUCACGAACGUGUGCGCGCCCGAGGAUACCGUCCCGAGGCUGUUAUUCGCGACGAGAACGGCGGCGGCGGCGGCGGCGGCGGCGGCGGCAGCGGGCGCGUCGCCCCCCCCGGCGCUCGAGGUCGGACCGGACGCGCCGCGGUCGCCCCCGCGCGGCGGUAGCGGCGGCGCGCGCGGCGACGACGCGAACCCGCUGCGAAGGCUGUCGAGGCUCGUGCCGCUGACGCGGCAGCGGACGCGACCGCCGGCGCCGGCGGCGUUCGAAGAGGACGCGUCGACGAGCGCCGACGCGUCUUCGUCGUCUCCUCCUCCGCCGCCGCCGCCGCGAGGACGCGCGGCGGCGAUCGCGGCCGCGGCUCGCGCCGCGGGACGCGCGAUGCGACCGGAGUACGUCCACCUCGGUCCGACGCACUGGCUGUCGGAAGGCGGGUACGCGCGCGUCUCCGGCGACGACGGCAGCGACGACGGCGGCAGCGGCGGCGGGACGUCGUCCGACCCCGCCGCUUACGACGACGCCGACGGCCGCCUCGCGAAAAUGCGGCAGUCGCUGCUUCAGCACACGAUGCGGAUGUACCGCGCGCGGACGCUCGAGCUGUGCGCGCGCGUCGGCGUCCUCGACCGGUCCGCGGACGACGACGACGACGACGACGACGCCACGCGCGAUUCGACGACGACGACGCCGCCGCCGCCGCUCCCGGACGCGUCGGCGAUCGCACCCGGGCCUCGCCCUCUCGCCGCGGUCGCGGUCGUCACGCCGGCGGCGGUCAAGCACGCCGCCGCGGGGCUCGCGGUCGCGAUCGACGGGCUCGAUUUGAACCUGACGAUCGCGACCGCGACCGGCGGCGGCGUCUCCGCGGAGGCGAAGGGCUGGCCGUGCGUCUGCGUCGUCGACGCCGCGGCGUCGACCGACCGACGUCUCUUCGCGCGCGCGCGCGCGCCCGUGUUCAACGGCCGGACGCUGCCCGCGACCGCGGACGUCGGCGGCGGAAGCGUGAGAGGGUGGACGCCGCUGACGAUCGCGUGCGAGGGCGACUUCGGCGACGCGAAGGUUGUCGCGCGCGUGGCGCGGCGACGCGUGCGCGUCGUCGCGGGCGGCGACGAAAUGAAACGCGGCGCGCGGAGUUUCGACGCCGCGCGUUCGCUCGCCGGAGCGCUCGCCGCGCUCGAAGGUCACGGCGGCGGCGGCGGAGUGCGAGAGGUAGAAGAGACUGAAGACGGCGUCGUUCACGAUGGAGGGUGGGUGUCGUACGUCGCCGCGAGAGGCGGCGGCGGCGGCGGCGGCGAUGGCGACGAUAACGCCCCCAGGGCGGGCGUUUUAACUUCGCUUCGGGACGCGCUGAGACGCGCGCUCGAGUGGGCGACCUCGCGCGCGGCGCGCGGCGGCGCGCGUCGUCGACCGCCGCGCGCGACGCGGUCGGGGUCCACGCCGGGCGUCGUGACGGUGCGCGUGUACUCGCUGCUCGCGCCCCCUGACGACGACGACGACGACGACGAAGCGGCCGACGGCGAAGAGCCGGUCGCGCACGCGCGAGCGUUCGUGCAUCGUGGCGCGGCGCCGUCGUCCGCGGACUGGUGGCGCGCGGCGGGGGUCAUCGCGCGCGCUAGGAAGGAUCACGGCGCGCGCGCGAUGAUGAUCCCCGCGUCCGCGCUCGGGAUGGAGGCGGCGGCGGCGGACGACGACGCGAGGCAUGCGGGCGGGGAAUCGCCCGCGCCCGCGCCGCCGCCGCCGCUGCCGCCGCCGCCGCCGCCGUCGGGGAUCGGCGCGACGCUCUUCGCCGCGCGCGACGUCGCGGCGGCGCGCGCGGUCGUCAUCGACGCGCUGCUCGCGACCGAACCCGAGGCGUUGCGCGCCGCUCUGGACGCGCAGUCAGCGCGCGUGCGCGCGACGCCGCGGCCAGUCGAUCGACGGCGCCGUUCUAGUAGGUUUUAG